AUGUACUUUAUCAACAAUUAUGGGAGAAAGCUUCCCCGGACUUACACUAUCACCAGAAUAGAAAACAAAAUUUUGUUAAAUAAAAAAUAUUUAAGUUACACAUUAGCAACCAGAGGUGCAAAUAAAUUAUGGCAAUUGUUACAUACAGAACCCUAUAUAGCUGCAUUGGGUGCUCUAACUGGCAACCAAGCUGUUCAGAUGGUUAGGGCAGGGCUUAAAGCUAUAUAUUUGUCUGGUUGGCAAGUAGCUGCUGAUGCAAACACUGCCGGAGACAUGUAUCCCGACCAGUCACUUUAUCCUGCCAAUUCUGGGCCUGAACUUGCCCGAAAAAUUAACAGGGCACUACGACGUGCUGAUCUUGUUGAGUGUGUUGAAGCUGAGGAUUACAAAUCUCAGCGAGAUUGGUAUGUUCCCAUAGUUGCCGAUGCGGAGGCUGGCUUUGGGGGUGCUCUAAAUUGUUUUGAACUUAUGAAAGCCUAUAUCGAAGCUGGAGCAUCCGGUGUACAUUUUGAGGAUCAAUUGGGGUCAGAGAAAAAGUGUGGACAUAUGGGGGGAAAAGUUUUGAUCCCUACAGCCCAACAUAUUCGCCAUCUAAAUGCUGCACGUUUGGCAGCCGAUGUUUGUGGAGUUCCAACAAUUAUAGUAGCUAGAACUGAUGCAGAAUCUGCACGUUUAAUUACUAGUGACAUUGAUGAACGUGACCAUCCAUUUAUCGACAAACACGCGGGAAGAACGGCUGAAGGCUUUUAUCGUUUACGUGAAGACAAUGCCAUCCAAUCUUGUAUUGAACGGGCUAAGAGCUAUGCACCAUAUUGUGAUUUAAUUUGGAUGGAAACUUCACAUCCAACUUUGACUGAUGCUAGAGAAUUUUCUGAGGGUGUAAGGAAGGUAGAAAAAUUAUUUUUAGAGGAACAAGAGCCUAUACAAGGAGGAGAACUAGAAAUCUUUCUCCAGACUGACCGAACUAGGAGGGUCUUACAAGGAUUGAGAUCGGAAUUCCCCGAUAAAUUAUUUGCCUACAAUUGCUCGCCUUCAUUUAACUGGAGACAACAUUUGAGGCCUUCAGACAUGGAAAAAUUCCAGCGUGAACUUGGCGCUAUGGGAUUUAAAUAUCAAUUUAUCACUCUUGCUGGCUUCCACACCAACAAUUUUAGCGUUUUCGAUUUGGCUAGGAAUUAUAAAGAACGCGGUAUGGCUGCAUAUUCUGAAUUACAGGAAAAAGAAUUUGCUGCAGAAAAAUUUGGCUACACAGCAGUUAAACAUCAACGAGAAGUAGGGACAGGAUAUUUUGAUUAUGUUGCUCAAGCUGCUGCCGGGGGUAUUUCUUCAACGACUGCACUUAAGGGGAGCACGGAGGAAGCUCAAUUCCAUACAGCUACGGCAUCUGCAGAUGAGGAUGAAAUUGUGACGAUCACCGCACCUGAAAAUGCUGGAGAUGAGACUAUACUCACUCCCGAUGCCCUCCGUUUCCUUCGCGAACUCCAUCAAAAAUUCGAGCCUCGACGCCAUUCUCUCUUAGCUCAACGUAAAAUUCUUCAAUACAGACUCGAUCAAGGAGAUUAUUUCCCCGAUUUUGAUUCAACUACAAAAAAUAUUCGUGAAGAUUUGGGGUGGAGUGGUGCUGAAAUUCCUGAAGAUUUGCUUGAUCGUCGUGUAGAAAUUACAGGGCCAACAGACAGAAAAAUGGUUAUUAAUGCUUUGAAUUCUGGAGCUAAAGUAUUUAUGGCUGAUUUUGAAGAUGCAAAUUCACCAACUUGGAGGAACCAAAUUGAAGGACAAAUUAAUUUACACGAAGCAAUCCGUGGGCGAAUCCAUUAUAUUAACCCAAUCACCAAACAAGAAUACACCCUCAAGAAAAAUACAGCAGUUUUGAAAGUUCGUCCCCGUGGUUGGCACUUGCCAGAAAAACAUGUCCUUAUUAAUGACAAGCCUAUGUCCGCCUCUCUUUUCGACUUUGGUCUUUAUCUUUUCCAUAAUGCCAAAGCUUUGCAAGAGAAGGGAAGCGGCCCGUAUUUCUAUUUGCCCAAACUUCAAAAUGCACAAGAAGCCCAACUUUGGGCUGAUGUUUUUGCCUUUUCUGAGGAGAGACUGGGAUUGCCUAAAUCUACAAUUAAGUGCACUAUGGACGAAAUUGUUCAUGCUUUGAAAGAUUAUGUUGUUGGUAUUAAUUGUGGCCGUUGGGAUUAUAUCUUUUCUUAUAUUAAAGUUUUUCGAAAUCAUCGAAAAUUUUUGUUGCCAGAUCGUUUCUUAGUUGGAAUGACUUCCGAUUUUCUCCGUGCUUAUUCUCUCCUCUCAAUUAAAGUUGCCCAUCAAAGAAAAAUUUUUGCAAUGGGAGGAAUGGCCGCGCAAAUUCCUAUUAAACAUGACCAGACAGCUAAUGAGGAAGCAUUAAAAGCUGUUAGAAAAGAUAAAGAAAGGGAGGCUUCUGACGGACAUGACGGUACUUGGGUCGCCCAUCCCGGACUUGUGCCUGUUGCCCAAGCUGUAUUCGAUGCCCACAUGAAAGAUGGACAUAAUCAAAUACUUAAACAACUUCCCGACUUUUUCACCGACAAUCAACGAUUGACUUCACCUCCGGAAGGAGUAAGAACUGAGGCUGGGUUCCGACGCAAUAUUUCUAUAACUUUGGGCUAUUUGGAUAGUUGGCUGCGUGGUACAGGCUGUGUUCCAUUAUACAAUUUAAUGGAGGAUGCAGCAACGGCUGAAAUUAGUCGUGCACAGCUUUGGCAAUGGCUUCGUCAUGAAGCGCGUUUGGAAGAUGGACGUACUGUUGAUCCUCAACUUGUUAAAAUGACUAUAGCAUCGGAGACUGAGCGUCGUUUAGUACGUGCCGGUUCUGUUGUAAAUAGAAUUCCUGAAGCUUCUGAACUUUUGGAAAAAUUUGUUUUGGAGCCUGAAUUGAGCGAUUUUCUUACUUUGGAUGCUUAUGAUAAACUUGUCUCAGAGGGAAAAUAA